CCGACUGCUGCUGCCUUGACGGAUGUUGCGUCACUGAGGUUUUAAAGUCGAGUCGAGCCGAGCCUAGUCGGACCAGAUGGAGCCUGUAGCCCCGAAUUAGACCCGAAUUAGAUCUAGAUUUGACCCGGACUAACGCUGGAUCAAAGACCCGGAGUCCCGGGAGUGAAAGCGGAUUACAGCCGAGUGUGGGAGCGUUUCCCCGGGUGAGGACGCGUCUGUAACCGGGUGCGCUCUUCCAAAAUGGCCGACGCUGACGUCUCUUUGUCCCCUGCUCUGCGCCAGCUCCACCUUAGCCCCUCGCACUCAGCCCCGCCCCCUCCUCCAGCCUCCUCCUCCCCCACCACCUUCUCAUGCCCCUCCUCCCCCUCCAGUGCCUCCUCUUCCUUUUCUUCCUCCUCUUCGACCUCCUGCUCUGAGAGCUCGUCUGAUUGCCCCAACCACCACCAUCAUCAUCCUCAUCACCAUCACCUCCGCCCUCAGCUGCAGCUGCCCCCGCCCUCUCACAGCGAGCAGCCCUCCUCCCCUAGCGCCAGCCCCCGCAGCUCCAGCCCCAGCGGGAGCAUCGGCAGCACCGGCAGCCUCGGCAGCAGCAGCAGCGCCAGCGAGGGCAUCGGCAGCAGCAGCGUGUCGAGUGGCGGCGACCUGCGAGGUCCGAGUCCGCCGCUGGAUGUCAUCUCAGAGGACGCCAUGGAGAUGGACCUCGAAGGUGACCAAGUGAUCAACCCUGAAGUCGCUCUGAAAGCUUGUCAGGAAGUUCUUCUCAAAGUCCAGCUGCAGAACAGAGACGUGCCAGAACAACAACAACAACAACAACAGCAGCAGCGCACGGACUUGUCGGAGCGCUGUGCUCCUCAGUACUUGAGUCCAGACACCAGCUCCAUCAAAGAGGAAGACGAGGAAGACGAGAAACAAGGUGGAACGUCCCAACAAGACUCGCAUCCUUCAGCCAGACUGCAUUCCUCUCCACUGCCACCGGGGGUGUCACCAUCAUCGAAACAGUCGUGGCUGCUGCGCCUCUUUGAGUCCAAGCUGUUUGACGUUUCCAUGGCGAUCUCCUACUUGUACAAGUCGAAGGAGCCGGGGGUGCAGGCGUACAUCGGGAAUCGACUCUUCAGCUUCCCUGACUCUGAGGUGGACGUCUACCUGCCGCAGCUGCUCAACAUGUAUGUGCACAUGGACACGGAGGUGGGAGACGCCAUCAGACCGUACCUGAUCCAUCGCUGCAGAGGAAGCAUCACCUUCUCGCUGCUGUCGGCAUGGCUGCUCGGCGCCUACUCCUCCGACAUGCACAUCUCCACCCAGCGUCACUCCAGAGGCACCAAACUCCGAAAACUCAUCCUGUCCGAUGAACUCAAGCCAUCCGCUCUGACGCCCGUCACGCCCAGACCAACUUCAGCUUCUGUCUCUGAAAGCCCAGUGUCGUCGCCGUCCCACCGCCGCUGUCACCGCAGGCACACCAGCAGCAACACAGAGGCUUCCGCUGCCGCCGUGCCAAACAACCCCACAUCAGGGGAGUCUGAGGUCUUUGUUUCUCCGUCUAGAAGGACCCACCAGAGAUCCAAGUCGGACGCCUCCACGGCAAGCAGCGGGCCCGGCACUGGCCUCCGACGAACAGGAAGUAACCCGAAGGUGGAGUCGGUUCACGAGGAGCCCGAGCGUCUCCGUCCUCAGCGGGAGUUCGUCAAGUCUCUGCUCGGCAUCGGGAAGCGUUUGGUGACGUUGACGACCAAAGAGCAGAAGACGCAGCGGCUGAUCUCAGAGCUGUCGCUGCUCAACCACAAGCUGCCGGCUCGAGUGUGGCUGCCCACCGCCGAGCGCCAGCACCACGUCUGCAGGAUCCCGCACACGCAGGCCGUCGUCCUGAACUCUAAAGACAAGGCGCCGUACAUCAUCUACGUGGAGGUUUUGGAGUGUGAAAGCUUCGAGACGUCUCUGGCUCCCGUUCGGAUUCCGGAGACCAGGAUCCGCUCAGCUCGUUCCGCAGAAAACCUGGACUGUGGCGGCAUCCCGGCGACCAUCGCUAACGGGAUGACAUCCGAGCACAGGGCGGGAAGUUUCUCUACCGUCCCAAACUACGACAAUGACGAAGACGCGUGGGCCACCGACGAUAUCGGACAGCUGCAGGUCGAGGCCGAGGCUCAGACCAGCAGCAGUGACAACAUCAGUCAGUUUUCAGUCGACAGCAUCACGAGUCUAGAGAAUAAAGAACCAGUGUUCAUCGCUGCUGGAGACAUUAGGCGCCGUCUGUCCGAGAACCUCGCUCACACUCCGACUACGUUCAGGCGAGACCCUGAGGACCCGUCAGCCGUCGCCCUCAAAGAACCCUGGGAGGAGAAAGUCAGGCGAAUCAGAGAAGCUUCUCCGUACGGUCACAUGACCAACUGGAGGUUACUGUCGGUCAUCGUGAAGUGUGGAGACGACCUGAGGCAGGAGCUCCUGGCCUAUCAGGUGCUCCGACAGCUGCAGUCGAUCUGGCAGCAGGAGCGAGUUCCUCUGUGGAUCAAACCGUAUAAGAUCCUGGUGAUGUCAUCAGACAGCGGGAUGAUCGAACCCGUCCUCAACGCCGUCUCUCUGCACCAGGUGCGUAAACAGAGUCAGCUGUCGCUGCUCGACUACUUCCUGCAGGAACACGGCAGCUUCACCACCGAGGCCUUCCUGUCCGCUCAGAGGAACUUCGUCCAGAGCUGCGCCGGAUACAGUCUGAUCUGUUACCUGCUGCAGGUCAAAGACAGACACAACGGGAACAUCCUGCUGGACUCUGAAGGUCACAUCAUCCACAUCGACUUUGGUUUCAUCCUCUCCAGUUCUCCUCGUAACCUCGGCUUCGAGACGUCCGCCUUCAAGCUCACGUCAGAGUUCGUGGACGUGAUGGGCGGUUUGGACGGAGACAUGUUCAUCUACUACAGGAUGUUGAUGCUUCAGGGUCUGAUCGCUGCCAGGAAGCACAUGGAGAAGGUUCUGCAGAUCGUCGAGAUCAUGCAACAAGGUUCCCAUCUUCCGUGUUUCCACGGCUCCAGCACCAUCCGUGGUCUGAAGGAGCGUUUCCACAUGUCUCUGACGGAGGAGCAGCUGCAGCUGCUGGUGGAGCAGCUGGUCGACGGGUCCAUGCGCUCCAUCACCACCAAACUCUACGACUCCUUCCAGUAUGUCACAAACGGCAUCAUGUGACCGGAGGGGGCGCCGUUGUGACAUCAUCAAAUCUUUUCUGGCUGAUUCUAAAACCUUUUCAAAGAGUCUGAGACAGAAGCUAUCGAGACCUGAGGGACGGGAAGUUUACCUCGUCUGUUACAAGAUGGAUCUUCAGUGACGCUCACGUUCUCGUGACAAAAGAUUUCUGCCUCGUUGUUUUGCUGCCUGAGACGAAUUAAUUAAAAAACUGGUUUUCUAUUUUAUUGCCUUUGACGUGAAGCGGUGGCGACGGAGGAGAGGGAACUCUGUGGGUUUGAAGCUAAACUGCUGGUGAAUCAUCAUCUGAUCAUCGAUAAAAUCAUUGGUCAUUUAUCGAGAUCAACAGUUUCACAGAUUUAUUUUUCUGGCAGCUGAUUGGAUGACUACAUUUUAUUUUAAUUUGUUUAACUUUUUUUUUCCUUUUCUUAUUAAUAAUUCGAUUUUUAUCUCGUGAUGAGAAACUGAGUCAUUUCUGCUGAAUCUGCAAAAAGAUUCAUGACCAAAGAACUUUUCUUCAGAUUCAUGGGAAACGUUUUCACGAGAAGAGUUUUCAUUCGUAUCAGAGUUUUUUCUCCUGGUUGAUUUUGGAUCCUAAUAUUUCAUUGUUAAAUACUUAAAAAGUGAAAGUGGAUCUGAAUCCAACUGACGAAGCUCAACAGGAGCUUUAGUUUCCUCGGGUCAGUUUUCUGAAUUAAACACAAACUGGUUUAGAACGAAAGAAAAGAGACUAGUUUGAAAUAAGUCUGAGACCAGAUUUCAUCAUUUUUAUUUAAACUCUGUUCUCGAAUCAGAUCAGCUCAUUGGCUCGUUGACACAACUGUAAUUAUCCUGGAGGGUUAAAUAUCAUUUGUUAAUUGACAGUAAAGUCCAAUAUUUGAUCAAAAGAUCAUUAACGUGCUCACAUCAAUUUUUGGUAAGAGACAUUUUUUUUUGGCAGAAGUAAAAUCUAAAUAUCAGCAGCGUUUGAUUAAAUAAGAUUCGUUGAUGCAGUGUCACUGCUGCCGUCAGAUAUUUAAAGAACCUGAUGACAAGAUAAAAUUGAUUGUUUUAAUUCAAGUUCGUCAAAUUCUGUUUUAGUCAAAGGUCAUAAAAGAAAGUUUUAAAUGACACUAAUGAAAGAGUUGAAUCAAUUCUACAGUUUCAUAUUAAUUAUCUUUUUAUUUACUUGAAUAGUUUCACAUUCAGUUUGAAGCAAAACAGAAACAGUUGAACUGAUGAUCACAAAACGAGAGAGGAACCGACUCUUUGCUUCUGUGUUUGACAGAAAAUCGAUUUUUUUUUCCAAUGAUCAAUAACCAUCAUUUUCCUGAAUAUGUGAAUGUUUUUUAAAUUGUUCAUUUAAACGUAUGUUAACGUCAGAACCGACGAAUUCUCAGUAUUGACAAGUCAAAUCUUUGUCUGAUGUUGUUACUGAAGCUGGUUUCACUUUGUGUCGGCUUUACUUCAGUGGAUCUCGCCUGUGUGUUCACGAAACGUUUGAAAGUACGAUGACGUUUUUCUUAUGAAUCUCACUCUUUACACUAAAAUACUAAUUUUAUAGAAUUUAAGUUGAUUUUAGUCGAUGACGUAUAGAAUUCAGCAGAAUUAACUUUACCUGAACUUGCAGGGGCUAGUUAGCAAAAUGCUAUAAGCUCGUCACUGCUCUUGUGCCCCACAUUAAUAACUGAGUUGUGAUUGUGAUGAAGGUAAAAGGAGGUUAGAGCUAAAGGUGAAGUUCUGGUUAACAAACAGAACAUGACAUCAGCGUAUAAAAUCAAAAUACUAUAACAUUGUUUAGCUCUUAGCAUUGAAGCUAAGUCAUAAUCAUGCUAAUGACCGAAAAGCUGCAGCAGUCAUAAUUAUCACGGAAAUCGAGCUAAAACUGAAUUAUUUUAAGUUUUUCUAUAAUAAUUCUUGUUUAUAAAAUGGAUUUAAUGGAGGAAACAUAUUUUGAAAAAGAAUUGUGAUUAAAUUAAUUUGUCAUUGACUGCAACAAAGUGAACGAAUACAAUAUAAAUCUAUUAACUGUUAGCAAGCUCAAAAGUAGUAAAGUACACUAUCAGUGAGCAGCUGAACCCGGCCAGUUAGCUAACACUUAAUGUUUACACUUUUCAGUUACUUCAGUUUUGUAUUCUUGUCUUUAACUGCGACGGAAAAUAUCAGUUUGCAAUAAAAAUGAUUAAAUUCCAUUUUAUUUGUAUAGCGCCAUAUCAUAAUUUACAUUAUUAUUUCAACCUGAUGAAAAGCGACUAUUUGAAUUAAUCGUAAAGACACUAUAACAACUUUACACUGGAAUAAAGCCAUCGUCAGUUGUUGCAAAGGUUUUUUGUUUUGACCACUAUUGAAGGAGAGGCACAUGUUAGCUUCCGCUAAGUGUUAGCCUGCUACUUAAUAACACACAAAGAUGCAGCUGUGACUAAAGUUUACCUGAUACGCAACUUAAAUAGCAACUUUCUUCUUUCUUUUCCUGUGUGAAUAUGUACGUAUGUAAAUGAACUGAGAGAUGCCUUUAGACUCUGAUCAAUGCAAGAGAAGGACGAAGGUGUUGAAGUGACCUGAAAAGUGCGAGACGUUUGACCACAUCAAGGACGAGUUUCAACACUGUUACGUCUCCUCCCGGACAUCAGUUUUAUAAUAUAAAGUGAAUAUGAAAUUUCAAAAUUAAAGUGAUUAUCAGAUAAAAGCUAAAUGCCUUUAAUGUGAAGUCAAAAGCUGCUAAAAUAGGUGUUUUCUGAUUGGAGUCUGGUGCAUGUGGAGACGACUACAUGACGGACGCAUGAAACUCGUCCCUGAGACUGAAAACCUUUCACUGCCUUUUUUCUUCCAUCAUCAGCUCUGAACGUUUUGAACUUCUGAUGUAAAAAACUCUUAAGUGCUUUGAUCCUGAACGAAAAAGUCAUUUGUAAAGUUUUGCUUGUUAUUCAUUUCAAAUGUUAAACACUAAAUCCAUUAAAACAAACUUACUUUGA